GGCCUAUAAAUACCCCCACGCCGUUGUGUCUUAAGCCCGUCUGUCGUCACGCUCUCCCUCGAUCUCGAUCCGAAUUUCGAUUUUCAGCUUCUCACUAGGAUUUUAUCACUGCAAUAGUAAAUCCUUAAACCUUCGUUAAUUUCCCCUUUCCUCUCUAGGGUUGUCAGGUCUCAAUCCCGAAUUUCACAAAUCAAAUCCAGCGAGAAUUUCGAAUUUUCGCCAUCCAGUUUGAAGCUUCCCCGCAAAAUGUAAGUGACCUCUAAGUAUACUCUUAAUCCAGAAAUAUUAUUAUUUACCGUCGACAAGCGCGCACCUAGGGUUUUAAGAGUAUUUGAAUAAGUGCUGCGAAAUUUCGGCGGCAAGGGUUAAAAGUUUAGAGCGGAGUUCUAGUAGGGUUUUUCGACGUAAAAACCCUAAAUGAUUCAAGAAUCUGAAUAUGAGCGAUGGAGGUAAAGCGGAGAGCAAGACAGGGAAAAAGAGUCGAAUUACUCGAGCUGGUGAGGAUAACUUCGGCCGCGCAAUAUCAAAAGUUGCCGUGGCACAGAUAUGCGAGAAUGUUGGGUUUGAGAGCUUUAAUGAGUCGGCACUUGAUUCCCUUGCUGACUUGGCAAUCCGUUACCUCCUUGACCUAGGGAAAACUGCUAAAUUUUAUUCAAAUUUAGCUGGUAGGACUGAAUGUAACGUGUUUGAUAUAAUUCAGGGGCUAGAUGAUUUGGGCAUGUCGACAGGGUUUUCAGGUGCUUCAGAGGUUGAAUUUAAUUGUACAAUUAGUUCAGGUGUUGUAACAGAGAUUAGAGGAUACGUGGAGUCAGCUGAGGAAACACCAUUUGCGCAGCCAGUUCCGCAUUUUCCGGUGGUUGGAGAAUGGAGGUUGAUACCAAGUUUCUUGCAAAUGGGUGAGAUGCCUGGCUUUAAACAUAUUCCAGAGUGGUUGCCAGCAUUUCCCGAUCCCCACACUUAUAUACACUCAGCCAUGUGGAAUGAAAGGGUUUCUGAUCCUCGCACAGACAAGAUUGAGCUAGCAAGGCAGCAUAGAAAGGCAGAGAGGGCUUUGUUGAACUUGCAGCAGAAACUUGUGUGUAAUGGGCUGCCAGUGGCUUCAACAUCUGCUGAACCAGAUGAUUAUAGGAGUGGGUUGGAAGUUAAUGAUAUUGAGAACCAAGUUUUGGCUAAUCUUCCAGAAGAUGAAGACCAAGAUGAGUCUCCUGCUAUUCUGUCCGGUAAGCGCUCUGGUGAAGCAAAGAUGGAAAAUCAUGUUACUUUGCUGGAGAUGUUUGCUCCCGCUGUUGAGGCAAUGAAGGAUGGGCUUUCUGAUUCUGGGAAUGAGGGGGAGAAGAAUUUUUUGAGCAAGAGGCCUGAUGGUCUGGCUGCUAAGUUUUCUGGUGAGGUGCGCACGGAAAAACAUGUUUCUUUUCUGGAGACAUUUGCUCCUGCAAUUGAGGCAAUGAAGGAUGGGCAUUCUGAUUCUGGAAACUAUGGAGAGAAGAGUUUUCCUGGCAAGAGGCCUGCUGUUUGUUUGGAGUUCAAGGGAGAUAAAAAUGUUUUUGGUGAAUCAUUGGAUUUGAGGAUCCGGAACAAGAAUUUUGGCCGGACAGCACCCUGUUUUGGACGCGAGGACGAGAAGGAUGACAAGAAGAGGAGGGUUGAGUUUAUACUUAGGCAAUCCCUGGAAAAUCAACAGGAGCUGACUUAGAUGUAUAUUAGUUAGUAGUUCAUUGAUUGACUUGGUGGAAGGGAAUUAUUAUACUCUGUUCAGAAAAAUAUCGGUUGAUUAGAAUAGUCAAAACCUGAACUGUAGCUCGGCUUGUGAAUGUGUUGAGAAUGCAUCUAGGAACUGGACCCUGUUUUUUCGAGGUACGCAAAUGGUUGUUUCAGAUUUCUCCAUUCAUCUAUAGUGUGAUUUUUUUCACAAAGAAAAUUGUAGCUUUCAAUAUUUUUUAUAUCGAUAAAUUAAUCUUAGCUUAUGCAUUUUAUU